UAGAAAUUUGGAUAUUUUCAGAUAUGACUCUUUUCUCUUUCGCAAAAUCUGGACACCUUAUUGGCAGGAACUUUGCCUCGCGUGGGCUCGCAACAACUGCUCCUGCUGUCAAACUACUGAUAAAUGGUAAAUUUAUCGAAUCUGAAACAGACAAGUUUUUCGACGUUCACAACCCAGCUACACAAGAAGUCAUUGCAAGGACACCGAUUUGCACAGACAAAGAAAUGCGGCAGGCUGCGGAAUCAGCGCAGACUGCAUUUCACUCUUGGAAAGACCAAACUAUUUUGACCAGACAACAAAUCAUGUUCAAAUAUCAGGCACUAAUCAAGUCGAAUAUGAAGGAAAUCGCGAAGAUUUUGACUCGAGAGCAGGGGAAAACCCUGGCGGACGCGGAGGGCGAUAUCAUAAGAGGUCUACAGGUUGUUGAACAUGUGUGUGGAAUCACUAAUUUGCAACUUGGCGAGUCUUUGAGCUCAAUUUCAAAAGACAUGGACAUCAACAGUUACAGGGUACCACUAGGAGUAUGCGCUGGAAUUGCUCCUUUUAACUUCCCGGCUAUGAUCCCCUUGUGGAUGUACCCGGUGGCUCUGGUUUGUGGCAACACCUUUAUUUUGAAGCCCUCUGAGCGAGUUCCAAACACUGCGAUGUUUCUGUCUCAACUGGCAAUGGAUGCCGGUGUUCCGCCUGGAUGUUUGAACGUUAUCCACGGAACCAGGGAUGCUGUGAAAUUUAUUUGCACUCAUCCAUAUAUCAAAGCGAUAUCAUUUGUUGGUUCAGAUCAAGCAGGCGAGUAUGUUUAUGAAGAGGGUUCGAAGCACGGAAAGCGAGUUCAGAGUAACAUGGGUGCUAAGAAUCACGGAAUCGUCCUACCAGACGCGACCAAGGAAACUACGUUGAAUCAGUUGAUAGGGGCUGCUUUUGGCGCCGCCGGUCAGCGUUGCAUGGCGCUUUCAACUGCUGUGAUGGUCGGAGAGGCAAAAGAAUGGAUCCCUGAACUAGUCGAGAAAGCGAAAAAACUGAAAGUCAACGCCGGUGCUGAAUCGAACGCGGACGUUGGACCUGUGAUUUCUCCUGAGGCCAAAGAGAAAAUCAAAAAUUUGAUCACAAGCGGUGAAAAGGAAGGCGCCCAAAUUUUGUUGGAUGGUCGUGAGAUCAAGGUCGAUGGUUAUGAGGAUGGAAAUUUUGUGGCACCUACUAUAAUUACUGGCGUGAAACCUAAUAUGACUUGCUACAAAGAGGAAAUAUUCGGACCUGUUCUUGUAGUGUUGGAAGUGGAUACACUUGACGAGGCAAUAAAAUUGGUAAACAGCAAUAAAUACGGUAACGGUACUGCAGUUUUUACCAAUAGUGGGGCGGCUGCGAGAAAGUUCUGCAUGGAUACCGACGUCGGUCAAAUCGGAGUGAAUGUUCCAAUUCCAGUACCCCUGCCUAUGUUUUCAUUCACAGGAUCGAGAGGUUCAUUUAGAGGUGACAUGAAUUUUUACGGAAAGAAUGGAGUGAAUUUUUACACGCAGUUGAAGACUGUCGUUUCUCAGUGGACGUUCAAUGACUCGGUGUCAUCUCCAACUGUGGCUAUGCCGGUGAACAGAUAAAUGAAGACUUGAAAUAAAUGCGAACUAAACUGAACUAAACUCGUUAUUUAUUCAUGAUAGUUGGAUGCUUUUGUAGUAAAACAUGAACAAAUGUUGAAUCAACGGGUAGCUUCUCAUUUUAAUUUGUAUUAUUUAUCGUAGGAACAUUAUUUUCUGUAGCCAAAUGAGAAUAUAUUUAUCAUGAAAA